AUGGUCGCUACACGUCGCGGUGCGAAGAAAGCCCCAGAGGCCGCCUCUGCGCCCUCAAACACACUCAACGCCCCUCCCAAACGCGGCGGCAGGAAGAAGGCAGUCGAUGAGAUCGACGAACUCGCGCCUUCCCCGAUCAAACCCACAAAGACAACCGCCGUGAAGCGCAAGGCGAAGGCUGAGCCUGAAGAUGCCGAGCCGCCCAUGGCUAAGAAGACGGUCGCAACAAAGACAGCGCGCACAGUCAAGGUCCAGACGAAAGCUGUGCCUGCACCUGCUCCAGCAACAAGAGCGACGCGUGGUCGCAAGGCUGAGGAACCUGCCGCUGCAGAGGAGCCCGAAACUACCGAAGAGGCGCCCAAGCCAGCAGCCACUCGUACACGCAAGAUCGCGGCAGUAAAGCAGGCACCUGCACCCAAACUUCAGAAGCCUGUUGUUGCCGAAGAGCCUGCUGUCGAAGAGGCACCUAAAGCAACAUCCAGGGUACGCAAAGCACCUGUACCCGUAAAGAAGGCGCCCACCACCAAGAAGAGCGAGCCUGCUGCCACCGAGAAAACCGCCGUCAGUGAGCCGGCUAAGCCAGCAACGCGAACCCGCAAGCCACCAGUACCCAAAGCCUCGGCAUCCGCUCCAGCCCCCGUCAUCGCACCCAGAGCCACACGUGGCCGCAAUGCCCCGGCAGUUUCACAAGACUCGCCUCUCAAGGCACCGGCCCGCAAGCCUACAAAGAAGACCGCUGCUGUUCCCAAGACGAAAACUGAGCCCGAGGCUGUCGUCGAAACAGCUGAAGAGCCAGUCGCUGAGAUAGUCGAACAGCCAAUUGUCGAGGCUGUUGAAGAGGCAGUCAUUGAAGAGGCAGAAGAGCCAGUUGCCAAGGCAAUUGAACAACCGGUCAUCGCGGUGGCUGACGAGCCAGAAGUGAUUGAAGAGUCAGUCGUCGAGGUUGUCGAGCAGCCAUUCGUAGAGUUUCCUGGCUACCCUGCAACACCCACACACAUCUCUGCCCCAAUGACUUCUAGGGAAGCCGUCGCUGAACUACCGGGCUACCCGACUACACCAUCCCAUAUCAUUGCGCCUCUGUCGAACGAGCAGGGUCUUGCAGAACUUGCAGGUUACCCCACGACGCCUGCGCACAUCACUGCACCCGUUGUAGCAGCCGCCCAGGAAGAUGAUGUCGAUGUCGUUGAGCAUGAGUACAACGACGUCGCCAUGGAGGAUGUUGAGGAUAAUGAGCCGGUAGAGCAGAGUGAGGCCUGCCAAGUCUCAACGGUUUCUGAGGCCGAGGAGCAUGUCACGACAGUGGUAUCAGGAGAUCCUCAGCACGUUGAGUACCCUCACAUCGAAGAGGAAAUCCGCGAGGACCUCGACGCUACAGUUGACGUCUCCACACCCGCUGCAAAGUCUCCUGUGACUGUCCAGCCUGAUACCUCUAGCUCGGCCGCUAUAAUAGUAGGUGACUCGACUGCCGACAUUUCUGGCACUCCCUCUGCCGAGGUCGUCUGCGGUAUGACUGACCAGGAAGCACUUGAGGAGCUUCCAGCCGCAUACCCUACCACACCAACUCACAUCUCCGCUCCUGUAACUUCUAAAGCGGCAUUGGCCGAGCUCCCGGAUUACCCCAAGACCCCAGCUCAUAUCUCUGCCCCUGUAACUUCUAAAGCGGCGUUAGCUGAGCUUCCGGGUUAUCCAAAGACCCCAGCUCACAUCUCUGCUCCUGUAACUUCUAAAGCAGCAUUGGCCGAGCUCCCUGAUUAUCCCAAGACUCCUGCUCACAUCAAGGCACCAAUGACUCCUCGCCGCGCUCUUGCUGAGUUGCCCGACUAUCCCACCACACCAAGCUUGGCACUCGAGGCUGCUCUCCAGGAAGAGAUCACCAGGUCAGUCAAGAAGCAGACACCAUCGCCUGUGAGAUAUCCAACUCUCAAGAAUGACUCAUUCGAGCUUGAGGAGCCUAGCGAGAUUGCCGACAUCAGCGAGGUCACUGAGGCUAGUGAAGUCGGUGAGAUUGCGGUUGCGCAUACUGCAAUUGAACCUUCCCCGUUUGUAACCAGGCCAAUCAUGCAACUGGCGCCACUCAAACUCGCUCCUACUUUCGCAGUACCCGAGCCAGCAUCACCCAAGAAGUCCGCCCUGCGAUCACCUCAGAAGGUCAAGGACGCUAAGACCCCGAAGAAGACUGUUGCUUGGACCGACGUUCAAGCGGAUGAGAGCGAUCUAUUCCUGUAUGACGGCAUUCUUCAGGGCAUGGUUUUCUACGUCGACGUCACAAGCAACGGCAGGGAGCAAAAUUUCCUCUUCCGUGGUCUGCUCGAAGAUCUUGGCGCGAAGGUAGUCCAAGACAUAUCGCACGCGUCGGUGAGCCACGUUCUCUUCAAGGACGGAAGCAUAUCCACACUGGAGAAGUGCCUUGAGAGCAAGGGGGCGAUUAAGUGUGUCAAUGUUGGGUGGGUGUUGGACAGCGAAUCAAACAAGAAGCGUAUGGACGAAGAGCAUUAUCUGGUUGAUCUAUCGGUUGCGAAGCCAGCAACUCCUCUCCCCACAACCACCGCGAAGCCCUUCACGCCGUUCAAGACUCCUUCCAAGUACGCGCUUCCACCUUCGUCUCAAUGCAAGAUGCCCAGCACACCAACAAGCUCCGAGUUCGAUCGCUCCUUCAACGACGAUAAAGAAAAUUGCGAGGUUGGCAUGUUCUUCGACAACGACAAGAGCCCUCUCGCACCUCGGACUGCUCCUAUCAAGAAAUCGUCUUUCCUGUUUAGCAGGUCAGCCAUCAAGACUCCGUCCAAGUCCAUCUUCCUUGGAGCUACGCCCUCAAAACCGAUCUUUUCGGCUGUCAAGCCUGCUCCUCAGGCUGCCACUACUGUUAAGAAGCGCCCCGCAGAGUCGUCUUUCUUCGGCUCCCUUGGCGCGCCCAAGAAGUUGCGUCUCUUCUAG